AUGAUGGAAGAAUCUACGGUCCCCCCCGCCCAACCGCGUUUCCUCGGCAUGCCGGCCUCCAGCUUGCGGCGGCCAACGUCGCUGGCAGCCUUGUCAGGGUGCCAACGGGCUGCACGCUUCGGCCCCCAACUCUCCAUUCUGUUUAUCUUGAUCAGCGCCUCCUUCACACUCAUUUCUACAAACGCAGCGGCUUCAGAUGAUGGAGCUGACAGCGAGGAACUGCACUGGCCUGAUGCUUCCGACUCUCUGCCGCCAGAGAACGAGGGAGACGUAAAUCCCGCAGCGCGAUUGGGCUUUGUGGGCAUUCCUAGGAAGACAAUGUAUUCGACAGCCAGCGAACUCGUAUUGGACGGACCUGACCGUGAAGCGCGAGCAAGGAAACUGGUGGAGCUCGGCGAGAGGCUCCGAGUGGACGGCCUUGUCCUGGACUUGACGGUUGCUCAGCCACCGCCGGAGACACCGCGAAGUACCCGACGGCCAUGGGGACCGAAACAGAGGCAGCCUUCGGCGCCACGCUUUGAUACCGAAGACGUUGUCAAAAGUCUUUUCCAGAAAUUCGCUCUUGACGUAGAAAAACGCGCGAUGGCUGAGUUCAUCCAAGAGGACCCGGCCCUGGCAUACAAGCUCCACAACAUCAACGUUUCUGCUGAAGUGAAACAACUUGUGGCAUCGCGCAUCUCCAGCGUUGAAGUUAUCUCGCCCUCACAAGAGACCACGGAAGCUCUCCAUUCAGUUGUGGACUUUUUCAAGGAGCUUAGGUCCAACCGAGAAAAAUUCAUGGGCAUGGUAACGGAGAAGAUCGACUUCACCACACCUGUUCACUUUGAACAGGCGCUCCGGAGGGUCAACAAAGAACAACAAGUUGAGGAAGUGAUAGAGAUUGGAAGGGAGGAGGCGAGGAAGCGCGCGGCGAAUGCUCUCGAGCAACUUCGCCCUGAAGACCGCGUAGCCAUGGGUUCUCUAGGAUUGGGUAUGGCUUACCUUGAGGAGGCUAUUCUUGAACGGAUGGUAAAUCCGUACAUCAUGGACCGAAGUGACCCAAAGCUGUAUGAGAAACUGCGCACCGUUGUCGACUUGGCCCAACAGAAGCUGCAGAGGGAUCGAAGGGAAGAACAGAAAAAGGACGCCGCAGUCUUCCGUGAGAAGGGCGUGCUGUCUCUUCCUAGUGAACCGGCCUUCGCGGCAGAGAUGCCCGCGAGCUCCAAACUCACGCUCAGCUUCCUGUUCAUUUCUGCAAUUGUCGGUGCGGCAGCUUUCGGGACUUAUAUGCACAGACGCAAGAGACGGACCGGGCAGCAGAAAAAAAAGCUGGACGACUCCAAGCUCCACCUGGACCUCGAAGAGCUCCUGUCGAGGCCGCUGGAGCGUGAAGCCAGAUCAUCGACGCGUCGCCGGGCUCGAACGUACUCCAGCAGGCGGGACCGCCUCCAACGGAUCAAACACCGCUUUGUCGAACCUGACGAGGCGUCCGAUAUCUCGGUUGAUGCCGUUGAAGACGAGCCCGAAUUCGAGGUAGUGCCUGUGUUGGCCUCCUCCUCUCGGUUCAACUGA